AUGCCACCUUCAGCUAAACGAGCCUCAAGGGCCCGUCGCGAUCCGCGCAAGGGUGUGACCACCGCGCCCGCCGACCUCGAAGACUCGUCCCCAAGUCGCCCUGCGAAGCGUCGCAAGAAGAUCCACGACGACGACUCGCCUCCUACCACCGACGACGACCAGCUAGUGUCGCAGAUCACUCAGCAGUUGAGGAACCAGCCCGUUCAAGCCAGCAAAGACCACGCCAAUGCCAUCCAUGAGGCCAACGGGGACGGCGUGAAGGCAUACGCCAAGGUCGCUGCCCAGGACUGGACCUUCUACAUCACCAAGCUUACUGUCAACAUCGGCCGCGCACCCGAGAUAACGCAUGCUGGCGCUGGUGGCAGUGGCGACAACGAGGAUGAGGAUCAGGUCCAUAUCGACCUGGGCCCCAGCAAGAUGGUGUCGCGUGAACACGCCACCAUCAGCUUCGACUCCAAGGACGAGAAGUGGUUUCUUCGUGUCAAGGGCCGUAACGGCGCCAAGGUUGAUGGCCAGCCCCUCAAGGUCGGCGUCGCACACCCCCUCACCAGCGGCGAGGUCAUCGAGAUUGGAAAUGUCGAGAUGAUCUUUGUGCUUCCGUCAGAGAUCAGCCCUUUGCAUGUUCACUCGACCUUUCUGCAGCGGUGCGGACUCAGCGCCGACACGCCUCAGGCUCGAUCCUCUCGUCGACAACCCCUCAUCGCCCCGGCACCUCCCGAGUACAAGCGACCAGGCACGCCACCGUCUGCCCAGAGUCUGCGCACAUCCCAUACGAAAUCACCGGCCGCCAGCACCCCAGCAGUCAUGGUGGGCGCCAACGGUGCCGACCUGAGCCAGGACGAGAACCAGCACAUUAAGCCGCAGUAUAGCUACGCCCAGAUGAUCACACAGGCCAUCUUGAAUGCUCCUGAUGGCAAGUUGAACUUGAACGGCAUCUACACCUUCAUUAUGAGUAGUUAUUCAUACUACCGCCACCAGCAAGCUGCCGGCUGGCAGAACUCCAUUCGACACAACCUCUCACUCAAUAAGGCUUUCGAUAAGAUUGCUAGAUCAACCGAUGAGCCAGGAAAGGGCAUGAAAUGGCAGAUCGUCGCUGAGGCCCGCGAGGAGAUGGUGCGGAACGCGUACCGCAUCGGCCGUGGAGGCCACCGAGGAUCAUCCGCUCCAUCAUCACCAAGCCAGCUCAGUUAUAUCACACAUGGACCUAGAGAUAUGGCAUCUAGAGAGCCCACGUCCGCUCGUAAACGCCGAGGCUCGCCUCUGCAAUCACCGCCUCCCAGGCCCUCUCUCCUCAUCGCCCAGUCGACUCCAGACAGACCAUCGGACCGAUCACUGGGCAGAAGUGCGACACUUACCGCCGAUGGCAGUCCGCUCCCCCGUCCCAGGAAGACCACAGCAGCGGAUUCAUCAUUCUCAGGCUAUCAUCCUCAGUCGCCUACUCUCACAUCUUCCUAUCUCCAGGAGGAUGGGACGUCCUUUGUGACGCCUGCACCCCCGAGGGUUCACCCAAAGCUCGCUCCCCCAAGCACAGCACAGCGGCCCAGCCAGCACAUGCCGACGAGCUCCCCCGCGCCAUUCUGGAAGUAUGCCGAUAUUGGCAGCACUCCGUUGAAGCCCUUGGGCUUGGCCCCAUACGAACUGAGCCCUUCUAAGCCUGGCGGUGGAUUGCCGCCGCAGAGCAGCAGCCCUCCCCGAGGAAACAAAUCCCCCCCUAGCAGUCCGUCACGACCGCAAAGAUCCAGCCCGCAGCAAAUUGCCGACCCUGGUGAAGCGGAAGAAGAGGAAGGGUUCGAUUUAACCAAGGGAUUCCAGAGUAUCGGAUCCUACCACGCUCCGGUAGGAAGGGGUGCUUCCAUUGCAAGCGCACUGAAAAGUCGCACUUGA